AUGGAGGAGGGAAAGACUGAUAAGAGCGAAGAGGAAUGUGUGACAGAGAGUGACAGUGACGUCACCGAGUCUGAGGACAAUGAUGAGGAAGAGGAACGCCAAAAUGGAAGGGAAGACAGCGAUGCCGAGGCAGGUGAGGAUGAGGAUGAAGAGGAGAAGAACAAAUGCAAACAGGAGCCUGUAGACAGAACGUUGUUGACCACCUGUCAAGAAACAAAGAGGAUGGUUUAGGAAGUGGGGACUUGAGGACGACAACCACAGACCAAAACCUAAAUGUGACUCCAGACAGACUCCAUCGUGACUGACGAGGCACUUGAACGGAUCCUUAGCGAUGAUCCCACCUUGCUGCGUUUUUCAGAAGCUCUGAGCGCCAACACACACGUAAGCGUUUUCAGCCUUUCCAACACCCGCGCCGAUGACCGGGUUGCCUUCACCAUCGCCAAGAUGCUCAGAGAAAACUACUCCAUCACCAACCUCAACAUCGAGUCCAACGUUGUGUCUGGCUGCGGCAUCUUGGCGCUGUUGGCAUUGCUUCAACAAAACGGUACUCUGGUGGAGCUGCGCUUCCACAACCAGAGGCACAUCUGCAGGGGACAGGUUGAGAUGGAGAUAGUUUGCCUUCUGAGGGACAACACCCUCCUCAAGCUGGGCUGCCAGGCCCCAGGAUGACCGUCACCAGUAUUCUGACCCGCAACCAGGACCGACAGAGGGAGAUGCGGCUGCAGCAACAGAGGGAGCAAGGAAAUCCUGAAGCAACAGUCCAGCCCAGGGAUGAUGCAGCUCCAACAGGCCUAGUUUCUAGAUCACCUCCUUAAAACAAAAAAAAUAUCACCCUGGUCCUCUCCAAUACAUGCAGUCUGAGAGGAAUACACCAACCAGGAAGAUUGCAGAGAUGAUCAAACAACAUGAAGGGAGCACAAAGUGUCAAUCGGGCCAAAAGAAACCCAAAUUCAAGAGGGGCAAAAACGGGGCAAACGAGAAUGAGAGCUCUGACAUUCUCAAGGAGCUGUAG